CCAUGGCGAGACUGAGAACAGUCUUUCUCCUCGUCAUCCUAUCAGGAGCGUCGACUGUUGUCAAGUCGGAUCGUGUUAGGAUAGGUGUCCUGAUAGCCCCCCCUGACGGAAGCUGCGUGGAGGGCGGGACGUCCCGAUGCGCGCAGAACGUGGCGGCGGCGUGGGCAGCCCGGGAGGAGGCGAACAAAGUCGGCGUGUCGCUGCAGAUGACGACUGAACACAUCGUGGGGGGAGAGACACGGGUACAGAUGGCACAGAGAGCUAAGAGACUGGCUCAGGGUGUCUGCGGCCUGUUUCUAGUGGGCGAUGAAGAAUAUCACAAACGACUCGACGAUAUCUUUGCUUACGUCACAACAGAUCCGAUCCCGAGGUUCUACAUCCACCGGCGUGUGUCCCGCAGUGACUACAACUACUACCUUCUCCCUGGGAACGAGAAGACACACGUCAUGGUGAGCACCAUUACGCGUGCGUACGGAUGGCAGUCUUUGGCGGUCAUCCACGACGGCGUCUACGACAUGGAAGGUGUGGAGCAUGUUUUGACACAGAACACAGACGACCGGAUCCCGAUGGGCCUGUACAUCCUGCCAGGCCGCGGCGUGGUGUCGGACAGUGACGUCACUAACACGCUGUUACAGGUCCGGGCUUCCGGAAUCCGGAGGAUCAUCUUACACGCGGAGCCGGAUGUCACCAAGGUGGUGAUCAGAAAAGCUGCUCAAAUGGACAUGGUGAACCAGUACUAUCACUGGAUGGUCACACAUCCGAUGACUGUUGGCUUUAUGUACAUCACCAAGCACAUUUGUCACUCAGGACUUUACAUCACUCAUAGUGAAUAG